UCAAGACCCGGUAUGCAUGGUGAUUGUUUUCUUGAAGGAGCUGUGGCCAGAUGUAAAGGACUCAAAUUUAUUUCAGGCACCACUCUAUUGGGAUUUGUAUGCUCCUAGAGGUUUGAAUACGGCUAGGAUUUUCUUUACAUGCCACAAUUUUGAGUAUCAGGGGACAACACCUGCUUCAGAGUUGGCAUCCUAUGGCAUUGAUGUUCACCAGCUGAGUAGACAUGAUAGGAUGCAGGAAAAUGCAUCACAUGAUAGAGUCAAUCUAAUUAAGGUAAUUAAUUUCAAUGGUUCAUUUGAAUUAAGAAAAAGGCAUCAAGGUGCGACGUGUUUUACAUGUCCCCAUUCUUUAGGGUGUGAUUGUGUUCUCCAACAUUGUAACAAUAGUAUCUCCAUCUUUCUCUCCCUGCCCCAACUCUCUCUCUGUCUCUGCCCUGAUUUUGCUCAAAAAUAUGAUAACAUGGGGGCUGAAAUGGCUGUCCUUGUUCAGGUGAUACCUCUUACCACUAACUCCAUCUCCAAUGCAUUUUGAACUUGUUCCUCUUUCUAGACUGUUAACAUGCCACACAAAUUUUUGUUCCUGGGUCCAUCUCACAGCUAACUUCCUUUUUGAAUGUUAGGAGGUUUGAUUGGAUUACUGCGUGGGAUAGAGAAAUUUGAUUCUUCAAAAGGGUACAAAAUAUCAACUUAUGUAUAUUGGUGGAUUCGUCAGGUGAGGCCAUGGUUUCCUUUGUCAUAACAAACCAAAUAAAUAUCUGCAAAUGCCAAUUUUUUAAUUUUUUAAAAAAAUUAUGUGAUACCAAAAAGAUUCACAUACAUACUAGACAAUGUUGUGAUAUGGCUAUGUUAAAAUUGUCGGAUAGAAAUGCUGAAUUUCUCUUACAAGAAGUUAUGACGAUGCCAAUA